AUGGCGCAAGACAGCCUCCUCCGCCACACCUUCAAACGCGGCCCCCUCUUCUUCAGGUACCGAAAGAUGACAUGCAGUGUUCCCCCCAGCACCAACGAAUCCGACGAGUCGCUCAUUCUCGAACCUCCUCGCUACCCACACGACCCGCCAUCAUGGCGUGACGAAGAGGCAUCAGACACCAGCUGCACCCGCAGAAUGCACAAGAACAGGCACACGUCGUACGACUCGUGUUCCACCACUUCCACCCCAUCAUCACCAACUACCUCCAGCUCCUGCAGCUCAAGCCGAGCAACUACCCCGUUACCCCCGUAUCAACGGAUUCAUCGCUCCAUUUCCCCCUUAGCAAUCAGCACGGGCGACCUCUUCCACGCCGUGGUGCAAGAAGCCGUUGCUGCCACGACUUUGCACAUGAAGACUUUGGACACGGCGCUGGGGGUGCUACAGACGAUGCAGGGACUCAGUGCGACGGUUGAUGUUUUGAGGGGAGAAAUGCAAGAGAAGAGGAAGGCGUGUGAGGUGGUGAGGAAAGAGUUGUUGCAGUUUGGUGAGGUGAUUCGGGCGUUGGGGCUUGUGGAGGGAGUGACGGGAGUGUAG